CUUCCGCCGGUCCCAGAAGGCGCCGGGCGUGCUCCGGGAAGGUCGUGCAGGGGAGAGGCCGCUGUGUUGCGUGUCGGUACCAUGCUGGCUGCCGGUGUCCGUAGGUUCACCACCUCCGUCCUCCGCAGGAGCCACUACGAGGAUGGACCCGGGAAGAACCUUCCAUUUUCUGUGGACAACAAAUGGCGGUUACUGGCAAUGAUGUGUGCGUUCUUUGGAAGUGGAUUUGCUGCCCCUUUCUUUAUUGUCAGACAUCAGCUUCUUAAGAAAUGAAGGGGACAAACUGUAAUUACGCUUACUGGAGUUGAAGUCUUCUAUACAGCAACUUAAGUGGAAAAAGUAUCUGCAAUUGUGUACCAUGCUGGAUAUGUCUAAAUAAAAUUUAAAUCUGAAA